AUGAAGGAACCCGCUGUGAAAGUCACAAGGAGGAUAAUCACCUUUAAGAAACCAGUCAUAAUUCCUGAGCGGGAAUCUAAAGCUUUGACGGGACGAUCUCUGAUGACAUUGGCCAAACUUGUACCUGAAGGUUUGAGUCUGGCUGUUCAUCUGCAGCUUCCGGACUCUACAAUCACAGGGAUUGGGUUCGAUGCUCUCAGCAACAACCUCGGCAUGUCGGACGUUUCCUACAAGAUUCUGCUGCACUGGAAAAGAAAGUGCAAGGAUAAGCAAAUGGGUGCAGUCAGUCAACUAGCAGAAGCUCUCCGAGAAAUGAACUAUCACGUUGUUGCCGAGGCUAUACUCAGAUGUCAUCUUCAACACAAGGAAUUUACUCGAGACAGCAUCUCCUUCGUGCAAGACGAGGACUUAGCAAAGGGGCAGGUUGCGUAA